GAAAGGUAGUGAAAACUCGACGAAAAUCUUUGUUUUUGACUGCUUUCAUCCUAUUAUUUAAUUUAUUGUUUCUUUUUGUAAAAUUUAUAAUUUUAUUUUUAUUUAAUAGUUUUUAACUGGUGAAUCAAAUUGUACAGUAUUGGUCUGAAGUGAAGUGAUUGUAUUUUUUCAAUAAUGAUGACCCGAGGCUCAUCUAAGAGACCUUUAAGUGAUUCCACCAACUUUCACGAGCCUCCAGCAAAAUUGAAAUCAGUUGUCAGAGAUGAUGAUGAUGACGUUGGACCAAAAAAUAUUCAAGUUUACAUCAGAGUUAGACCAGAAAGUGCGAAAGAAUUAAAUUCCAGAAAGGUUGUCGCCCUUGUUGAUGAUCAAAGUUUGAUAUUUGAUCCUCCAAAUGAUCCAUACCAAAGUAAAAAGUAUAAAGAAAUUGGUAAGAAAUCUAACAAAGAUUUGGUUUUCUCUUUUGAUGGAGUUUUUGAUGAACACACAACAAAUAUUCAAAUCUAUGAAAGAGCAGUUAAAAGCUUUGCCCAGUCUUUGUUGGAUGGUUUCAACUGUACCAUUUUUGCGUAUGGACCUACAGGUUCUGGUAAGACUUACACCAUGUUAGGAUAUAAUGGAGAACCUGGUGUCAUGUUUUAUACCGCUAUGGAAUUAUUUCACAUCAUUGAAUCAAAGCCAUCGGAAGAAAAGUUUGAAGUUAGUGCUUCUUACUUUGAAAUUUACAAUGAAAAAAUUUAUGAUUUGCUGACACCAAGCUCACAAACUCUCAAAGUAGUUGAUAACACCGAAGGUGGUGUAAACAUCCUCGGAUUAACAGUGAAGCCAGUUAGAAAUGCUGAUGAACUGAUCGAAACACUGGAAACUGGUAAUCAGUACCGAGCUCAACAAGCAACAGACGCAAAUCAAACUUCAUCCAGAAGUCAUGCUGUGUUUCAGUUAUUCUUAUGCAAAAAGAAGUGUUCUAAAGGCAACAAUAUGAUUCAACAAGAAACAAAAAUGUGUUUAGUGGAUCUGGCAGGAUCAGAAAGGGCCUCAAUUGCCUACAAAGAGAAACGUUCUAAAGUUCUGCAUCGUGAAGGUGGAAACAUCAACAAAUCUCUAUUAGCAUUGGGAAAUUGUAUUAAUGCAUUGGCUGCAAAAUGUCGUAAAGGUCGUAAACUUCACAUCUCUUAUCGUAACUCAGUGCUAACAAGGAUCCUGAGUGACUCUCUUGGUGGAAAUUGUCGCACUGCUAUGAUAGCCACUGUGAGUCCUUCAUCACUUUCAUAUGAUGAUACUCACAAUACAUUGACAUAUGCCAAUAGAACAAAGGGAAUCAAUUUGGCAUUGAAACGACGAAGUUUUUUAGUUGGUGAACCGCGUGAACAAUCAUUGGCAAUGGAGACACUUCGACAAGAAAAUAUUGCCUUAGCCGAGAAAAAUAUUGCUUUAGUCGAGAAAAAUAUUAUGUUGGAAAAUGAAAUCCUCAGAUUAAAACGAAUGCCAGCAAAUCCCAUUUCUUCCGACAUGUCAUCUAUAGAAAUACUAAAUUCAUUCAAGAAUAUUUUAGAUAAUCUGUUUUCCUGUCGUCUUGAAUUGAGAAGGAAAUUGCUUGAAUGUGAAAGUGAGAUGAAAAAAAUUGAGCUUAAAUAUAUCUUCAGAAAAAUUCAAAGUGAAACAUUGGAUAACAAAAAGCCACCCAAAGUUCAAGAUGUUGACGACAGCAAAUCGGCCAGAUAUUUAUAUCAUCAAAAAUUGCAUUAUGAAGAUAGAUUUAAUCAACUUUUAAAAGAGGUUACUGACAAUGAAGAUCAAAUUCGAAGCUUAGAAGACCUCAUCAGAUCAAAGGUUAAAGUUGAUGAUUAUUUUAUUGAUGCAUUCUUCGAGAAGAAACAUAUGGAGGCUGAACUUCAAGACAAAAUAGUUAUCGAUAAACAUCAUUCCGAGGUUUCUUACGCUAUAAUCACUCAAUCCCAAAAUUGGCUGGAAACACUCGAUGCAGCUAUGAAAAUGAAUGAUAUUUUCUUCCGUAUGUUGGACGGUCUGAAAAAGUUGUCUAAAGAAAGGGAAGAAGAAUAUCACAAUGUUGUUAAAAAGUUUGAGGGUAAAAAGUCAGUUGUCUGGAGGGAUGAUAAUCUACAGAAACAAUCAAGUGUCCACUGGGCUGAUAUUGAUAAUGUUCUCAGGUUAUCUUCAUAUACAUCAACUCCAAGAACACCUUUCAGACGAUAUGACGAAGAAGGUGGUUUAGAAAUAAUUUGUGCUGAAUUAACUCCAGAAUCAUCGCUUCCAUCACCUCCUUUACCUUCUUUACCUCCAUCACCACAAUCAUCUUCACCUCUCAAUCCCAUGCUAGCAAAUCCCAUUUCUUCCGACAUGGCUGCAACAAAAUCGCCGAAUUCACCUCUUCAAAGAGACAACAUUCAUCCACAAAAUCCUGAAUCUUCUUAUGCAAUUGGCAAUGAUGAAAUUUCCAAUUUAAUUGAUAGUUACAUUGAGGAUACCGAGUGCCAUCAAAGCAUUUCACACAAAGGAAAAGAUUAUAAAUACAUUUUGGUUUGGGCUGAAACAAAUAAGAUCGUUUCACAUGAGGAAAAAUCGUUACAUACAAACAAGUUUAUCAGCUCAAAAAAGUCAGAAAAUGGAACAAAUCUGUUUUCUUGUACCAUGCACAAUGGAAAAUGCAAGUUUGUUGACAGAAAGUCUCGUGAAAAAAGUCUUUUGGACACUCAUGUUCAAAGUUUUUUAUUUCGCAUGAUUUGCGUAAUUUGUAAAAUGGAAGUACGUUAUUCAACAAGUUUUGGUAAACACGUUGAAUCUCAAAAAUGUUUAAAAAAAUGCAAAAAAGGUAUUAAUAAAUUUGCUAGUAAAUCACAAGUAAAUAAAUUUUAA